AUGGCGCUGGUUCAAUAUCCAGCUGCGCUGACGCCACACCUGAUCGGCAUCUUCCCAGCCUACAUCACCAACCGGACAGAGACUCUCAUCGUCAGAGAAAAGACAAUGUCUCUCACCGGCGAUGACUUUGAGGUUUAUCAUAUCAAUGGUCAGCCUCUCCUCACGGUAGAGGGCAAGGUGAUGAGCGUGUCUGGACGCAAGAUAGUCAAUGACAUGAGAGGCACCCAUCUCUUUUCCAUCGUCAAGGAACACUGCCAUAUCCAUACCACGUAUGCUGUGGAAGAUCCUCAAGGAACGAAACUUGUCAAUGUGAGGAGCAACCUCCGGCUCUUCAAUUCCAGCGCCACAGCUACAUUUAACUCUAUCAACGGUUCAGCAGAGAUUCUUGAGAUGAACGGCAAGUGGCACGACUACACUGCCAGCAUCGUUGACACGCUCACGGACAGCGUGGUCGCAUGUAUCAGCCGCAGAGUCACCGGCCACGAUUUGAUACUUGGCCAACAAACAUAUACUCUCGAAGUUAAGCCCGGCGUCGACAUGGCUCUCAUGGUAGCAAUGUGCAUCUGCUUUGACGAGAAAAACAACGAGAGGUGA